AUGUUAUCUGAGAGACAGGACGCGGGAGGCUCGGCUUUCAGCAUCCGCGCGUCUGGAAAAGCCACAGUGAUCCUGGACCGAGCGGAGCAGCGCAGCGCAACAGUGUGGAUGGAGAUUAGUGACUGGCGGAGAGCAGCAAUCUUCUCCUGUGCCAUGAAUACCAAACACUGGAGCGUUACCAAGCGUCACCGAGCUGCUGAUCUGAGUGCGCUCCUGGCACAGACGCGGCUCGUUGCGCCCCGUGACAUGAGUGUCCCACACAUCCACAGAGCGGUGUGCGCGUCCGUGUCCCUAAAUAUGAGCGAUCCUCAAAUCGCUGCGGUCGUCUGCGUCCUCGGACGCUGUAGCCACACUUUAGAGGACGGCAAAGUGCUUCUCCAUGUCCACGAGCCGGAACAGUGCUCCUCCGCUCUGUCCUCUGCUCCCACUGUUCUCCAGGGAGCGGCCUGUGUCCAGGGUUUCACGGCCUCCUCUGCACAAUCUGUGCUGAAAGAGCCAUCGCACACAGGAACUCUCACCACGGACAACAUCAAAAUCAUGAAAAAUGAAAAGCAGUCCUGCUGGGUGAGUGAAGCUCUGGAGGUCCUCAUCAUGGAUUAG